AUGGCAACUGAAUACGUCCAAGAAAGAAUCGACGAACAGCCAGAGAACCCAUUUGCGUCCCUGAUACCGAACCAGUCCAUCGCCAUCAUCCCAUCCUUUACCCUCGAAUCCGGAGUGACUCUCCACAACGUUCCCCUCGCAUAUAGCACCAGAGGAAAACUCUCCCCAGACCGCAACAAUGCUAUGGUCAUAUGCCACGCGUUGACGGGGAGUGCAGAUGCCAGUGACUGGUGGGGUCCGCUGCUGGGCGGCGCAGGGCGAGCCUUUGAUAUCUCGAGGUUCUUCGUCGUCUGUAUGAACAGUCUGGGCAGUCCAUAUGGCAGUGCCAGUCCAGUUACGGCUCGGAAUGGGGAUCCAGAGCAGGGGAGAUACGGCCCUGAGUUCCCCCUUACAACCAUAAGAGAUGACGUGAACUUGCACAAGCUUCUUUUGGACGACUUAGGGGUACGGCAAGUUGCCGCGGUAAUAGGAGGGUCUAUGGGAGGCAUGCUGGUGCUGGAGUGGGCAUACUUUGGAAAGGACUAUGUACGGUCAAUAGUACCCAUCGCCACCUCAAGUCGACACAGCGCAUGGGGUAUUAGCUGGGGAGAAGCACAACGACAAAGCAUCUACGCGGAUCCAAAGUACGACGAUGGAUACUACCCCUUCUCCGACCCUCCCACGACUGGCCUCGGCGCAGCCCGUAUGUCCGCCUUACUCACAUAUCGAAGUCGGAAUUCCUUCGAAGCUCGCUUUGGUAGAAACACUCCAGAUGCAUCUCGGAAGCAAUCAAUCAUCGACCAAGAACGGCCUUCAACGCCGUCAGAAGUGCAUUUCUCCAUCCAUAACGACGGACACCGCCAAACACGCACCGCCCUCUCACGAUCAACAAGCUCUACAGCUGUGUCUAACAACACCUCCACAAAUGGCGUUGACCCCGCCACUUUCGCAGACCCCCAAUUCCACGGUGCAAAAACAACCGCUCCUCCCACAGAACAACCUGCCUCUCUCGAAAGAAAACGGGCCCCCUCAACCUACUUCUCCGCCCAAUCCUACCUCCGCUACCAAGGCGAGAAAUUCGUCAAACGCUUCGACGGCAACUGCUACAUAGCCAUAACGCGCAAACUCGACACCCACGACGUAUCACGGUACCGCGUAUCCCCUUCAUCCGAAACCCCCAUCGCCGACGCACUCGCGCAAAUCCAACAACCCACCCUAGUCCUCGGAAUCGAAUCCGACGGGCUGUUCACAUUCGACGAGCAGAAAGAACUUGCCGCUUCGAUCCCGAACGCGAAAUUACGCAAGAUCGACUCCCCCGAGGGUCACGAUGCGUUUUUACUGCAGUUUGAACAGGUUAAUACACAUAUUUUGGAGUUUUUGAACGAGGUGCUACCGGAUAUUAUGAAGGGCCCUGGAUUUGAGGUCGAUGUUGAGGAGGGGGCCCAGGGGGCUAUCAAAAAGGGGAGUGUGGUUUCCGAGGUAGAUGAUAUUACUGCUUGGUAA